UUUCGACAUUCCCUUUUAUAAUGGGACGGCGGAAGCUCUUCACUUUUCUUCGUACUCUCAGACAUCACUUCAUUUGGUCGUCCUCUGUGUGCACUUGUAUUGGAUGCAUACAUGGAUGGCUGGGCACUAUCUUAUAAAGGAAUUUCUUAUUCAAGCUUUACUAUUAAUAUGACUACGUAUAUACAUCACUAAUUCAUCUCUCUGCUUAUUUUGCAAAAAUUGUGGAAAAUUUACCUUCCUAUUAAUGGAAUUUACAAAAGUUAAAUGUGUUUGGUUUUUCUGCUGGGAAAAACUAUUGACUUACAACGCCCUUGACGUCACAAUAUGGUGAUGAGUAACCACAAGGGUACCGACUUAAAUGACCAGGGAUUAACUCAAUGAGAGAAAUUAUUAUGUCAUUUGUGUGUCAUCUUUUGCAUACACUUAAAUAAUCCUGUUUUUUUCUGCAUUCGCGUAAACAAAAGAAUGCAUUCUAUUGAUUACAUAUUUAUACGAAAUGCUUAAUAACUUGCUUGUGACAAAACAAAUGUCCAAACGUCUGAUCUCCUGUAAUCUUUUGGCACCAAUUGUUCAUAAUCAUUUAAUUAUGUAAACUUGUAUGGAUAGGUACAAAAUGAUGCAAAUAUUUGGUACACAUGUAAAUAAAUAAUACGUAUUAAUUUUUCGUCAUAAAUCAUUGAUUAGAAAUUAUCCUUACUGUGCAACACUAGGCAUAUAUGCAACAUUAGUUGAAAUAUUUGAAUAGUUUUAAAGACGGAUUUUUAUGGAAAAUGUCGGCAGGUAAAUUAUUAGUUAUUUUUAAUGAAUUUCAUUGUAGAAUCUUUGUUUUGAAAUCCAGGGACCCACAAAGCACGUCUUCUUAAAGGAAGGAAGGACACUUCUAGUAAAGAGCAAAGCCCUUUAUUUAGCCGUCUCACCCCAGAUCAUGCGUCUCACGGUCUCUCUCCACCCCGGACGGAGGGGAUCGGAACUCAACCCGCUUCCUUAUUCUCAGCUUCUUCUGAACUGAAGUGAACUAUAUUCUCUUCUCCCGUCGGAAUUUUAGCAUCUCUAAUUUUUCAACUAAAUUAAUUAAUCGCCGAAAAGCUAAGAUUGUCCUUUGUUGUUUUCCCCACUUGUGCAGUGAGUGGGGUGUGGAAGAGUCUCGCUGGGACGUAGGAGCUCGCCUUUUACGAACCCAGCAGCGUCCAGUCAACUUCUUGUUUACUUUGCUCUGACAUCGACGAUAAGUACAAAAUCAAGAUGCCGGCGACGCUAAAGUACAUCGACAUGGAGAACUUUAAAUCUUACAAAGGAUUUGUAAGGAUUGGACCUCUUCGACCGUUUAUGGCCGUUAUUGGGCCGAAUGGAUCAGGAAAGUCCAACUUCAUGGACGCAAUUAGUUUCGUAAUGGGAGAGAAAACAUCAUCCCUUCGAGUAAAACGGUUGAGUGAUUUAAUUCAUGGAGCAUCCGUGGGUCAUCCAGUAUCUAAAUCCGCUUCUGUUACUGCCAUUCUCGAAUUGGAGGACGGGAUGGAGAAAAAGUUUUCCAGAAUUGUUCAAGGCUCAUCGUCAGAAUGCCGUAUUGAUGGAGUGGUUGUGGGUCAACAGCAAUACUCCAACCAGUUGGAACAACUUGGCAUCAAUGUUAAAGCUAAGAACUUUUUGGUAUUUCAAGGAGCUGUUGAAAAUAUUGCGAUGAAAAAUCCCAAAGAAAGGACAGCUUUGUUCGAAGAGAUCAGUGGCUCUGGUGCUCUAAAGGAUGAGUACGAGCGAACUAAAGCUGAAAUGUUAAAAGCAGAGGAGGAUACACAGUUCACGUAUUUGAAAAAGAAGGGAAUUGCUGCCGAGAGAAAAGAAGCAAAACUAGAGAAGGAAGAAGCAGAGAAGUAUCAGCGUCUAAAAGACGAUUACAGAGAUAAAGAAGUCCAAUUGCAUUUGGUAAAACUGUAUUAUAUUGAAGACGAUAUGGAAAAAAUUGAAGAAGACAUUGAAGCAAAACAGAACGAGAUGGGUCGUUUGGAAACAAAGAAAGAGCAAAUGGAUGCAGAUUUACGAGAGAAAAAGAAAGAACUUGGGAAUUUAAAUCGAGAUUUGGCAGGCAAGGAGACUUUUCAACGAGAAAAAGAACGGGAACUUAAUGCCAAGAAGCCAGAGUAUGUCAAGGCCAAAGAGAAUGUGGCACAUAUAAAAAAGAAGCUGGAAACAGCCAAGAAAUCUUUGGAGCAAGCUGCCAAGGCCAAAGAUGCCCAUGAUGGAGAUAUUGCUGAGCUCCGAAAGCAAAUUGAAGAAGUUGAGGAACUGGAGAAGGAAUAUUUGGCGAGAACAGCAAAUGACAGUCAAAGUCAAGGGAGAGACAUUACGCUACAAGAUAGUCAGCUUAAAGAAUAUUGGGAACUCAAAAAGAAGGUCCAAGAAAAAUCUAGGGAUAAAACCUCCAAGUUAAACGGUGUGAAUCGCCAGCAAAAAGAUGACCAGGAGGCACUAGACAGUUUUCAGCGUCAGAAAAUUGAUUUGGACAGUAAAUUGAAACAAUCGAGUCAUGAGAUGUCCGAGUCUAGCAAGCGAGUUGAAAAAUUGAGUGAACAUAUUAAAAUGUACGAAACAUCUUUGGAUGAACAGCAACGCAUCCGGACUGAGUUGCAAGGAGAAGUGCACACAUCCAAAGGCAAACUAGGCAACUUGCAACGGGAGUUGGAUGAUGUGAACAUGAGACUCGGAGAUGCACGAGUUGAUAAACAUGAGGAAGCACGUAGAAAGAAGAAGCAAGAAAUUGUCGAGACUUUUAAGUCACACUUUCCCGGAGUGUAUGAUAGAAUGAUUAAUAUGUGCAAUCCGAGACAUUCCAAGUACAAAGUAGCUGUCACAAAAGUUAUGGGAAAAUAUAUGGAAGCCAUUGUCGUGGACAAUGAAAAAACUGCCCGGUCUUGCAUCCAGUACUUAAAAGAACAAAUGUUGGAGCCUGAAACCUUUCUUCCCCUUGACACAAUUGACGCUAAGCCAAUCCGGGAAAGAUUAAGGAACAUUCGUGACCCUUCAAACGUGCACUUGUUGUAUGACAUUUUGGACUUUAAGCCUAAAGAAAUUCAGAAGGCUGUUCUAUUUUGUACAAACAAUGCCCUAGUUUGUGAAACUCAGGAGGAUGCCAACAGGGUUGCUUAUGAUUUAGAGCAAGGACAGAGAUUUGAUGCGGUAGCUCUAGAUGGUACAUUUUUCACGAGAUCGGGAAUUAUGUCUGGUGGUACCUUGGAUCUGCUGAAAAAGGCCCAAAGAUGGGAUGAUAAACAACUGACAAAGUAUAAACAGGACAAGGAUCGAAUCACAGAAGAACUUCGAGAGGCUAUGAAGAAAUCGAGGAAAGAAUCUGAGUUGAAUACAGUUGAACAGCAAAUUCAAGGGCUCGAAACCAGGCAUAAAUAUGCCAAAGGGGAUCGAGAACAAACUUUGAAGCAGAUUCAAAGUCUUAAGCGACAAUUGGAGGAAGUCAAAGAAGAGUUGGAUUCUGUUAACGGGAAGAUUAAAGUUACAGAAGCAAAAAUCAGCAGAAGGGAUGAUGAAAUUCAGAUAUUAAAGACUAGCUUGAAUCGAAUAGAAGAUGAAUGUUUCGGGUCGUUUUGCCACCAAAUAGGAGUUGCAAAUAUUCGACAAUAUGAGGAACGGGAACUACGAACUCAACAGGAACGGGAGCAAAGGCGAAUGGAAUUUCAAAACCAAAAAGAGCAAAUUCAAUCUCAGAUUGAUUUUGAAAUAACUCGUGCAGAAAGUGUUGUCGGAAAUGUAUCUCGAUGGGAAAAGACUCAGUCUGAAUUGGAAGAGGCUUUGCAAGAAAAGCAGGAAAAAGAAAAAGAGACCAAGGAAGCAGUAGACCUGUUGGUUCAAAAUUUCGAUGUCAUUAAAAAAGAAAUCAGUGAAAUUAAGAAGAGUAUUUCUGCAAAGGAUGAUGAAAUUGGUAAAGCUCGAAGAGACGUUGGGUCGGCAGCUAAAGAAAUUCAGACUGUCCAAAAGGUUAUUUCACAGCUUGAAGGCAAGACAGAGCAGAAGAAAAGCGAAAAACACGGUCUGUUGAAACAUUGCAAGAUUAAUGACAUUCGCAUCCCAUUCACUGAAGGAAGUCUAGAUGACAUUGAGACUGAUGGGACGGGUAUGCAGGACUCUCAAGACGAGGGAAAUGUUACCUCUCAAAAUAUUUAUGCAAAAGAAGCUCUCCUAAAAAUCGACUAUGAUUCUCUUCCUGAUGAAUUAACCUCGUUGAGUUCUGACGAAACCAAAAAAGCACUCGAUCAACUGAAUAAGAAGCUUCAAGACUUGCACAAUCUGUUAGUCAAAAUUCAGGCUCCAAACAUGAAGGCGAAUCAAAAACUGGAAAGUGCAAGAGAAAAGCUUCUAGAAACAAAUGAAGAGUUUGACAGUGCGCGAAAACGAGCAAAAUCAGCGAAAUCUGCAUUUGAAAAAGUGAAAAAUGACCGUCACAGGAAAUUCAUGAUGUGUUAUGAUCAUGUUGCAAGUAGUAUUGACGGAAUUUACAAAUCCCUUGCCCAAAACCAAUCUGCACAAGCAAUUCUAGGACCAGAAAAUCCUGAAGAGCCAUAUUUAGAUGGGAUAAGCUACAACUGUGUCGCUCCUGGUAAACGAUUUCAGUCCAUGAGUAACUUAUCUGGCGGAGAGAAGACUGUCGCUGCGUUAGCCCUACUAUUUGCUAUUCACAGCUACCAACCGGCCCCUUUCUUUGUUCUGGAUGAGAUUGAUGCUGCAUUGGAUAAUACAAAUAUUGGUAAAGUUGCCAGCUUUAUCCGACAAAGAACUGGGGACCUCCAGAUUGUUGUAAUUUCUUUGAAAGAAGAGUUUUACAGUCAUUCUGAUGCUCUUAUUGGAAUUGCUCCGGACGCAUCUCCUGGAGAUUGUGUUGUCAGCAAAGUAUUCUCAUUGGACCUGUCCGAGUACGCCAUCAGGCCUUGAAACUUUAAGCUUUAUCGUAUUUUUAUUGAAACUUACCUAUUUAGAUUUAAUCAUAUUUCGUUUCAUUUGAAAUAUUUUUAUUCUACGUACAGCUUAAUUAGAGUUUACAGAAAUCUCAGUUCAUUUUUAUGCAAGUGUCUGUAUUUUAUUUACUGGUAAUUUUUUAGAAUUUGAUUAAUUACGAUGUACAAUGAUUUUAAAUGAUCACCUUUGCAAUUUUUGAAAUAAAAAUACAAAAAAUGAAACAAU